AUGAAGAGUCCAUACUGUUGACAGCACCUAGCUAAAGCCACAUGUACUUGUGUAGUGUACUGUGUGCUCUGUUGAAAUGAUACGUAUAUGUAAACUGACAGCACUCAGCAGUCUGUGUAGUUUGUAUUAAUAAUUGAUUCCUGGUUAUUUAAAGAAAUGUGGGUUUUCGGCUACGGAUCUCUUAUUUGGAAAGUCGAUUUCCCAUUCGAGGAAAAACGGGUUGGUUACAUUACCGGUUUCAGUCGAAGGUUUUGGCAGGGAAGUACAGACCAUCGCGGCGUGCCCGAAAAGCCUGGCAGAGUGGUUACACUGGUUGAAGAUCCCAAGGGAUGCGUAUGGGGUGUUGCUUACAAACUGCCUGUUGGAAAAGAGAAGGAAGUCAAGGAGUAUCUUGAUUUCCGAGAAAAGGGAGGCUAUAGGACGGCAACUGUGACGUUCUACCAAAACGAUCCUUCAGAAGAACCUUUCGGCACUCUUCUGUAUAUUGGGACUUGUGAUAACCCCAACUAUCUUGGCCCAGCCCCGUUAGAAGUGAUUGCUGAACAGAUCUGUUAUGCAGUCGGACCAAGUGGGAGAAACACAGAGUACCUGUUUGAACUGGCAAACUCCAUUCGGAGUCUGGUGCCAGAAGCUGUAGAUGAGCAUCUUUUUACUUUGGAAAAAUUAGUCAGGGACAAAACGGGACCAUGAGUUGUCUGAGAAAAUCUGCUCCAGUCCAAUGUAAUUUUGUACAUGAGUAUAGUACAGAAGAUUAGUAGAGUAUUCUUACAGAAUUCAGAAAUUCUGGAGCAUUUAAAUAAAAGAUGUCUUGCUGGGGCUUAAUUGAGGAUUGGAAUAAAUUACAAAGUAAAAACAAAUACAUCUGUAUGAGUUCAAAUCGGUUUUAUUAACAUUAGAAAAUCACAAUCUUCAUCUCAGGAAUCCUUUUUAAGUAUAGUUUUUUCAUCGGUCAUCUCAUUGUAAUUCAUGUGUCUGUAAAACAAUGCAUUUUUUAUUAUGAGUCACAACCAAAGUAAACUGUCCUGGUUAAUGAGAUCUGCUCUAGUGUAUAGUCACAUUAUGCAUUGUGUUUUGAAGCUUUCAAAGGCUAGUCGCAGAGUAUUUUACAAAGAAGUCCUUCUGAUCUUUUAUAAUGUUUUUUUAGUGUAGAUUUAUGAUAUGAAAUCUUUCUUUCAGUGUAUGCCGUUACAUUAUACAGACCAAUCAUUUCCACAUAUUGGAUUUAACAGUACUGUUUACUGGUAUUUUGUACUUCAGUUUGGACAGUGCAGAUAUUUCAGUGAGAACACUAUAGAUGAGAAGGUAGUGCUGCUUCCUGGUACCUAAUCAUGUCAUGUGUUGCUGUUCAAACUCACACUAACCUUGUAAUGGCAGAGCAUUUUUUAAAUGAAAAAAGCUACUUUAUUUAUGUAACUAGAUUGCAUUUCUUUACAUGUAUUCCUGUUCCCGUCAUGCAUUGCAUAUGAACAAUUCUGGCUUGUGUGGCUGGAUUUUAAAAAUAAUAAUAUAGAGGGGUGGCUAAGAAUUGUAUCAUGUGUGAUACAGAAAUGGGCAUUGGGGCUAAUGGUCUAGCUGAAAUCCGACAAUGUGACUUACAGAAAAAGUAACAGAAAGCAGCUGUUUAUUUAUAGCAUAGUAUUUCAUAACCAUCUUUUCCAUAAAACUAGAAAAAUCUGCAGUGACUGUUUUACCAUAACGGGAGGAAUUUGCCAUGACACCGCCAGAUAAUGGAACUCUCCAGUGAAUGUUAUACUUUUUAACAGAUACUGUACAGUAGUUCUGAUUGUGAAGUGUCCACACUACAGUUUGACGGAACUGUACCAAUGUAGGGUCAGAAAAUGGUACACGUGUCUGUUUAACGCCACAAAACAGUACACUGUCUUUGCUGUGACUGAUGACUGCACAAAUCACUACGAACAAGACAAACUGCAGUUCACACACAAAAUUGUAUGUUUACAAUUUUAGAUAAACCAGUUUGUUGCUCAUCAGUUAAUGUCACAUAGAUGUGCUGAAUUGUGAAAAAAAUGAUAUUAAAAACUCAGUACAUCGUACCCCGAUCAGAUAGGUGUUUCCUUGUUUUCUCAGCUAAAAUUAUUUGCACAUGCCUGGGCAAGCGCAGUACAUGGUGUACCAUUUUUUAAAGCGUACCGCAAAAUAACCACACCGGUAUGGACUGAAAAAUAUAUUUACACUAAGCGGGACCUUUUCAUUUUAGCCACGUUUUGAAAGUUUGAUUUCAAGACAGUGUUUUAUUUAUUUAUUUAUUUAUUUAUUUAUUUUAUAAUUUAGUCGUCACCAAUUUUUUACCCCGGUUUUCUCCCCAAUUUAGCAUGCCCAAUUAUUAUCUGUAUCCUCGGCUCACCGCUCGGAACCCCCCCGCCGAAACGUGCUCCUGCCAAGCCGUCAUUUUUCGCACUGCAGAUCCACAGCAACGUCACCAGACCUAUAGUGCCGGAGGACAACAGAUCUGGCGGCUCCACUGCAGAACCACAGGCGCCCUAUCGGCCACAGGGGUCGCUGAUGCGCGGUGAGCCGUGGAUUCCCCUGCAGACCUAAGCCCUCCCUACCCGGGCUGUGCUCAGCCAAUUGUGCGCUGCCCCCUAGGAACUCCCGGUCACGGUCGGCUGUGACAUACCCUGGAUCGAACCUGCGAUCUCCAGGCUAUAGGGCACAUUAUGCACUCCGCGCGGAGCGCCUUUACUGGAUGCGCCACUCGGGAGCCCCCAUCAAGAUAGUGUUUUUAACAUGACAGAUCAUUAAUCGCCCUUGUCACGUAAAAUGAAACCUGGUGGUGUGGGCGCUGAGCACCCACUUAUUACACCCCAUGUGUGCUUCAGCCCCACAGAGUCAGUGCCUAUGUGUCACAAAUUGGCAGUAAGAGCAGAAUUGCUGAGGCUGUGCUUUUUGUAAGAAGCAAACUGGGGAAGAAAAUGCUGCUAUUUUUUUUUAUCAUUUUGACGUAUACCAGUAGUUCUAUCCCCCUAUUUCAACCUGUACUUCAAAAGUGUUCAUAUAAAUCUAUAGCACUGUACUACACUAUUCUACUGUAGCCCUAUACAUUAUACUGGGUGAUGAUAUCCUCAUGAAAUGUUAGCCUACAUAUAUUCCUAUAUCUUCCUCUAAAUAGGCCCUGAAAAUAUCAAAAUGUUAGAACAUAAUUAAUCAAUAAUAAUUCAGUGAAGCAUUUGGCUGCAUUCUCCAACAAGCUAUGUGGUAUCUGUACAGCAUUUUAAUAAAGAUACAUUCAUGGUGGCUUU